AUGUCUCAUCGAACUGAUGAAUUUCCAGAUAUUGGAUCCGAUUUGGAUUUAGUGAAUAUCACUGUUGGUCAUAAAUUAUCUCGUCCAGGAAGUUCUCUCAGUUUACAACAACUAGCCAAAGACUCAAAGAGAACAUUUACUGAUGGAGUUGAGUAUGCAAAACAGAUAUAUCAAAUAUUGGCUACGAGACAUCGUACAGCACAUUUUCCUCUAUUUGUUGGAGUUCAUCGGAUUUGUCAAAAUGAAUUAAAACCACAAGAUUUACUUCAUUGUUUAGCAUCACAUCCAAUUCAUUUAUAG